AUGAGCUAGGUUCUUGAUACCAUUGAUUCUAAGUUACAACCUUUGAAGGGCCAUCCAUUAUAUCAAGUGGAGAAUCAAAGAAUUCAGCAGGCAACUAGAUCAUCAAUAAAUUCUCCACUAAGGUCGAGGGCGCAAGGUAGAACUCUGUCAAAUUCAGGCAAGGAAUUCGCUCUAAUGGGAGGAGCUCUUGGAAAUUAUUUAUCAUCUAGACAAUCAGGCCCAGCAUUUGUAGUAAAAUAAAGCCUUCAAAAGCCAUAAUAAGGUAAAUGGACUAGAGAUGGUUUGGAUAGACUGACCUAAAGACCUUCUCACAAAGGGAUAAGGGAUAAAACUUAAGUGUUGCUCCCUCAUGAAAGAAACAACUCACCAAUGACUAUGGAAGAUCGAACUAUGUUAUUGACAGACAUAGAUUUAGUAAAUAGUUUAAGAGCCCCGAUUGAAGCAUACUAAGCUUCAUUUAAUUAGACUCAUACCUCAAUGAAAUCGAAAAUCUCUGCUAAAACAGGAUAAACAGGGAUAUCAACUACAAUCCCUUACCCACCAUCUUUCUAUGAAGAUGAUUAGUAGAAGUGGAGAGAUAAAUUUUCCAAAUAUAUUUAAGAACGGCAAGCACUAAAAAAGAUUAUAUAUAAAAAUAAUGAGUUAACACCAUUUACAAAGAACACGAAUCUAAAAGAUUAAACCUAAUUAUAUACAGUUAGAAAUGAAACCUAACCAGACUCUAUCAACCCUGACUAGAUGAAUUCUCCUUAUAAAAGGGUCAUGCAAAGAAGAAGAUCAAGACAGCAAACAUAUGCACCAAUUGCAGUCGAUUUUGAUUAUGCAGGAGAUAGCGGUUAAUUUGAUCAUAUUUUCAAAGCACGAAAUUCUUAAACAGGUUCCCCUAACAUUUCCAUCUUGAACUUUGAAAUGAAACUUAGAGGGUACAAAAAUGAGACUGAGUUCCUGGCUCAAGCUCCCUGGAUGUAUCCUGCAAGAAAAAGCUUCAAUUCUAAGGAGCAAUUUAAAAACUAGAAAUCUCAACUGAAUUAGACAAUAGGGGAAUUCAAAAUGAAGUUUAAUGAUCAGCUCCUUGAGAAAAACAGUAAUAUGCUAAGAGAUAUCUUCAACAAGGGGCUCAAGUAAAAUUAUAAUUGGGAGUGCAGUUUGAGAGGCGAUAGAGCUAAAAAUAGAUAGAAGCAGGUCUCUCAACAAGCACCUAGGGUUAAGAAUAGUGAAUAAUGA